AACGGAAGCCGCCAUAGGUCAGUUUCAAUCGGCGUGCUCAUUUGAACCAGAAGAACCGCUACGAAGCAAGGGAGAAGAGCGGCCCAGUACUGAUAAUCCAACUUUCAACUCAAUAUUGUAUGUAAACAUUAGUUCGCUUGUACUUUGACUUUACAUUUUAGAUAUAUAUUACGUCGAUCAGACCGCAUGAUCGGGAUGGAGUGGCAGCCAGAUGAGCAGGGACUCCAGCAGGUCCUCCAACUGCUCAAAGACUCUCAGUCGCCCAACACAGUCACACAGAGAGCUGUCCAACAAAAACUUGAACAACUCAACCAGUUCCCCGACUUCAACAAUUAUCUCAUCUUUGUCCUCACACGACUCAAAUCUGAAGAUGAGCCAACUCGGUCUCUGAGCGGUCUGAUUCUGAAGAACAAUGUUAAGGCCCACUACCAGAAUUUCCCCCCAGCUGUUGCUGACUUCAUCAAGCAGGAAUGCCUCAACAACAUCGGUGACCCCUCGCCGCUCAUCCGUGCCACCAUCGGCAUCCUGAUCACUACUAUAGCCUCCAAGGGAGAGCUCCAGACAUGGCCUGAGCUGCUGCCCCAGCUCUGCAACUUGCUCAACUCAGAAGACUACAACACCUGCGAGGGCUCGUUUGGAGCACUGCAAAAGAUCUGCGAGGACUCGUCGGAGCUGCUGGACAGCGACGCUCUGAACAGACCCCUCAACAUUAUGAUACCCAAAUUCCUUCAGUUCUUCAAGCACUGCAGCCCCAAGAUUAGGUCCCAUGCCAUCGCCUGUGUGAACCAGUUCAUCAUUGGCAGAGCCCAGGCCCUUAUGGACAACAUUGACACCUUCAUAGAGAGCCUGUUUGCGCUGGCAGCAGAUGAGGACUCUGAGGUUCGAAAGAACGUGUGCCGAGCCCUGGUCAUGUUGCUGGAGGUCCGCAUUGACCGCCUCAUCCCCCACAUGCAUAGCAUCAUUCAAUACAUGCUGCAGCGGACCCAGGACCCUGAUGAGAACGUGGCUCUUGAGGCCUGCGAGUUCUGGUUGACUCUAGCAGAGCAGCCCAUCUGUAAGGAGAUGCUGUCCGGACACUUGGUGCAACUGAUACCUAUCUUGGUAAAUGGAAUGAAGUACUCAGAGAUAGACAUCAUACUGUUAAAGGGUGACGUGGAGGAGGAUGAGGCGGUACCAGACAGCGACCAGGACAUCAAGCCCCGUUUCCACAAGUCACGCACCGUCACCUUGCAGCACGAAGGAGGGGAGGGUGAGGAGGGUGAGGACAUUGAAGAAGAUGACGACGACGAUGACGACACCCUGUCAGACUGGAACCUGCGAAAGUGUUCGGCCGCAGCCCUGGACGUACUGGCCAAUGUGUUCCGCGACGAGCUGCUGCCCCACCUCCUGCCACUCCUGAAAGGCCUGCUAUUCCACCCCGACUGGGUGAUCAAGGAGUCUGGCAUCCUGGUGUUGGGGGCCAUAGCUGAGGGCUGCAUGCAGGGCAUGGUGCCCUACCUGCCAGAGUUGAUCCCCCACCUCAUCCAGUGUUUGUGUGACAAGAAGGCCCUGGUGCGCUCCAUUGCCUGCUGGACCCUGAGUCGCUACGCCCACUGGGUGGUCUCCCAGCCCCCGGACUCUUACCUCAAACCCCUCAUGACUGAGCUUCUGAAACGCAUCCUGGACGGCAACAAGCGGGUGCAGGAGGCCGCCUGCAGUGCAUUUGCCACCCUAGAGGAGGAGGCAUGCACCGAGCUGGUGCCCUACCUGAGCUUUAUCCUGGACACGCUGGUCUUUGCCUUUGGGAAGUACCAGCACAAGAAUCUGCUCAUCCUCUAUGAUGCCAUAGGAACUCUGGCAGACUCAGUGGGUCACCACCUCAAUCAGCCUGAGUAUAUUCAGAAGUUGAUGCCCCCCCUUAUUGCCAAGUGGAACGAGCUGAAGGAUGAAGACAAGGAUCUUUUCCCACUACUAGAGUGUCUGUCGUCAGUAGCCACCGCACUGCAGAGUGGCUUCCUGCCUUACUGUGAGCCUGUCUAUCAGCGCUGUGUCACAUUAGUCCAGAAGACACUAGCUCAAGCUAUGAUGUACAACCAGCAUCCAGACCAGUAUGAGGCUCCUGACAAGGACUUCAUGAUCGUGGCCCUUGAUCUGCUGAGCGGCCUGGCUGAGGGUUUGGGGGGGAAUGUUGAACAGCUAGUGGCCCGCUCAAACAUCAUGACCCUGCUUUUCCAGUGCAUGCAGGACACUAUGCCUGAAGUGAGGCAAAGCUCUUUUGCUCUUCUGGGUGAUCUAACCAAGGCCUGCUUCCUCCAUGUGAAGCCUUGUAUUGCUGAAUUCAUGCCCAUCCUGGGGCUCAACCUGAACCCAGAAUUUAUCUCCGUGUGUAACAACGCCACCUGGGCCAUUGGGGAGAUCUCCAUGCAAAUGGGCACAGGUGUCAAGCAGCAAACAGGGGAUUGUCCAGGUGCAGAGAUGCAGCCGUAUGUGGGCAUGGUCCUGCCCCACCUGGUGGAGAUCAUCAAUAGACCCAACACACCCAAGACUCUGCUGGAAAACACAGCCAUUACGAUUGGCAGACUGGGUUAUGUCUGUCCCCAGGAAGUGGCACCACAGCUGCAGCAUUUCAUUAGACCAUGGUGCACAUCCUUGAGGAAUAUCAGAGAUAACGAGGAGAAGGACUCAGCCUUCCGGGGAAUCUGCGUAAUGAUCGGUGUCAACCCUGCAGGAGUGGUGCAGGACUUCAUUUUCUUCUGUGACGCUGUGGCCUCCUGGGUCAACCCCAAGGACGACCUGAGAGACAUGUUUUAUAAGAUCCUUCAUGGCUUCAAGGACCAGGUCGGGGAGGAGAACUGGCAGCAGUUCUCUGAGCAGUUCCCUCCUCUGUUGAAGGAGCGCCUGUCGGCCUGCUACGGCGUCUAACCCCACCUCCCCCUGGUCCACACAGGACACCGACCUGUUAGGUUAAUGUAGGGGAGGGUUACUGGGGAACUCAUUGCACUGCCCAGAUCACGGGGAAGAAACGAGCUGGAGGGAUGUGACUGGCCUUGACCCUCCAUUCAGCGGAUGGCCCCCUUUCCCCCCCCGCGCCCCGUGUGUCUC